AUGAUCUGGUUCAUUCACCCCAAGUUCAUUCACCACCAAGUUCAUUCACCACCAAGUUCAUUCACCAGCAAGUUCAUUCACCACCAAGUUCAUUCACCACCAAGUUCAUUCACCACCAAGUUCAUUCACCACCAAGUUCAUUCACCACCAAGUUCAUUCACCACCAAGUUCAUUCACCAACAACUUCAUUCACCGGCAAGUUCAUUCACCACCAAGUUCAUUCACCACCAAGUUCAUUCACCACCAAGUUCAUUCACCACCAAGUUCAUUCGCCACCAAGUUCAUUCACCACCAAGUUCAUUCACCACCAAGUUCAUUCACCACCAAGUUCAUUCACCACCAAGUUCAUUCACCACCAAGUUCAUUCACCACCAAGUUCAUUCACCACCAAGUUCAUUCACCGGCAAGUUCAUUCACCGGCAAGUUCAUUCACCACCAAGUUCAUUCACCACCAAGUUCAUUCGCCACCAAGUUCAUUCACCACCAAGUUCAUUCACCACCAAGUUCAUUCACCACCAAGUUCAUUCGCCACCAAGUUCAUUCACCACCAAGUUCAUUCACCACCAAGUUCAUUCACCACCAAGUUCAUUCGCCACCAAGUUCAUUCACCACCAAGUUCAUUCACCACCAAGUUCAUUCGCCACCAAGUUCAUUCACCACCAAGUUCAUUCACCACCAAGUUCAUUCGCCACCAAGUUCAUUCACCACCAAGUUCAUUCACCACCAAGUUCAUUCACCACCAAGUUCAUUCACCACCAAGUUCAUUCACCACCAAGUUCAUUCACCACCAAGUUCAUUCACCACCAAGUUCAUUCACCACCAAGUUCAUUCACCACCAAGUUCAUUCACAAGCAAGUUCAUUCACCACCAAGUUCAUUCACCACCAAGUUCAUUCGCCACCAAGUUCAUUCACCACCAAGUUCAUUCGCCACCAAGUUCAUUCGCCACCAAGUUCAUUCACCACCAAGUUCAUUCACCGGCAAGUUCAUUCACCACCAAGUUCAUUCGCCACCAAGUUCAUUCACCACCAAGUUCAUUCACCACCAAGUUCAUUCACCACCAAGUUCAUUCACCACCAAGUUCAUUCACCACCAAGUUCAUUCACCGCGUGAUUUGAGUUAUCUUAUCUGUCAGCUGUUAUCAGAGUUAUCAGAGUCAGAGUUAUCUUAUCUGUUCCACAGCAUGACCUCCAACAUGAUGAACACCAGCAGGAGAACAUUUAACAACAUGAUGGGUUUCCUCGCCAGAGGUUUCAACAAUGUCUUUGAAUCUGAAACUGGCAUCAAAGUGAGACAAUCUGUGUUGGAUUACACACACUUCAAAAACUCUGGAGAAUCAUGUGACGAAAAAAAAUAUCAACAAGUUGCCAUGUACAAUAUUCGUAUUUUGAGUUAG